AUGCAGAUAUCGAAAGAAUCCCUCAUCAUUGCACACAUCCUUGUCAAGAAGCACUCCCCCGUCCCAGUCACCAUACACUUCCCUCAGGUUCUUGUCGCCGGACUCGUUCCGGCCAUCGCCUUGGCCCGGGCUCUGUCUCGACGCGCCGUAGAUUGCAGCCGUACCACCAGUCCGUCCAGUGGUGAUAAGUGCGACAGCUUUGCAUGCAGUCGGGGUCUCACGAUCGACUACCUGAAGGCCCUGAACCCUGGCAUCAGCUGCCCGAACCUCGACACCAGCAAGUUUUACUGUGUGAUCUGUACAGUCAAUGGGGAGCCCAAGACCACCACCACCACUACCACCGUGCCGACCGCCACUAAUGAGCCCGCCAUGCCGGGCAUCUUCGACGACUGCGACGGCUUCUACAAGGUGUCACCAGGAGACCAAUGCGACACCAUUGCUACCGAACACGGGAUCAGCAAAGCCCAAUUUAUGGAGUGGAACACCUCGGUCGACGACCGUAAGCCCACUCGUUCCCCUGGGUCUCACUCCUUUAAUCUCCCUUUCCCAUGCAAAGACAGACCCCUCUUAGCACGGCACAAGUCUAACCAACGCUCUCCCGUUCUCCAAACCACAGAAUGCUCCAACCUCUGGCUUGACUACUAG